CUGUCCGACGCGCCCUGCCUGUUCUCUGGCCCAUGUCCGCCUCCCUCUGUCCGCCUGCCCCCCCUCAGAACAGACACCGCGCAUCCUCCACUAAUGUCCGCCCGCCUCUGACCCUCGCAUCACUCGGUCGCAGACGCUCCAACUCUCUCCUCGACUUGCCGCCCCCGACGCCCUCGCCCUCGUCGCUCCCGCCCACGCCGCGCUCCGGGGACGCCCCAGUGCUCUCCCUGUCAAUACCCCCGCUGCGCGAAUCCCAGCGUCCGCGAUCCGCGCUUUCAUCCAUGCUCGCGAGGUGGGCACAGGCGCUGCACCUCUCUGCUGAGCAGGCCUUCCCCUCCACGCCCUCCUCGCCGCGCAUAAGUCGCUCGAGCUCGGAGGACUCUUCCAUUCUGCCCUUGUCGGCCUCCCCGACCCGCGCGUACUUUGGGGACGUGUUCGCCGAGAAGCCCCAGCCGAAGGCGAAGAACUCGUUGUGGGAAGGUUACCCAUCAGUGCACACGCCCGUGCUGUUCGUGCUCAUCCUGUUCCCACUGUCGAGUGCGAUUGUCGCGCUAUGCAUGUCAACACUGCCCAUCACGAUGGCUUGGCCGCGCACGCUACCCGACCUUGCGCAGCUCGGCAGAGAACUGCACGGCUAUACACAGAGCGGACUGCUCUCCACUGCGCAUGUCAUCGGCGUUAUCUCCGUAGUCACUAUAUGGAUGCACAGCUGGUCAAUACCCGGGAGCGUCCUUGCCAACGUCCUGGCAGGCGCCCUGUUUCCUCCGGUCCUUGCGAUCACCCUGCUCACGUUCCUCACCACGAUGGGUUCGCUGUCUGCAAGCAUGCUCGCUGCGCCUCUAGGACCGUUCCUGACGCAGUGGAUACCCAAACCCCUCGAAAUGACGCGUUCUGCGUUGGAGGGUGACGGCAGCAAAGAGGACAGCUCCGCCCCUUGGGUUCGCCUCUCGGUGCUUCGUCUCGUGGGUGUCGUACCCUGGUCGGGCAUCAACAUUGCGAGCGGAGUCUGUGGCGUCGCUGCAUGGGAUUGCUUCCUGGGUGCCUUGAUUGGGUCUCUGCCGUGGACGGCAGUGACGUGCCAAAUUGGUGACAUCCUCCAGACGGUAGCGACAAAUCCUCGUCCGACAUCACAGUCGGUGCAGUCGCUUUUGACGUCACCCGACAUCAUCAUGAAGCUCGCGGUGCUCUCGUUCCUCUCGCUCGCGCCGAUUCUCGGCCGCAAUCGGCUGCGUGCCUGGCUCGCAUCCGCUGCGCCCGUUACGGAGGAGGAAAUGCGGCAAGCAGAGGACCGGGCAUCUCGGUGGACGUGGGUCAAGGAGUGGCGCGGCCGCAUUCGCUCUUCCUCCCUGUCGCGGACACGUGAUGCGUCGAGAAAAGAACUCGAGACGCUUGUUCGGGAGAAGGAAGGCCUUCCUAUGUGAACGGCACGGCCGCCUCACCCACACCCACGGCACCACCGAUCUCGCCGCUCGUCAGCGGCGAGCUGCGUCCGGCCUGCCUGGCUUGCACCACGAUGCCUGGCUAGCAAGCUUUGGACAGACCGCAGGCACCGAUGACGACUUGCACAGUCCCUCGCCCCGCUAUCUUCCACUGCACACAGAUCUUUUUGCGCGCUUUACGGCCUUGCGGCCCCCUUUCCACGCGCCAGAUCCCCCCACGCCUCACGACCGAGCCUAAUUGACGACCACCGUAAUGAUCUAGACGACACCGGACAGCCGCUUUGGCAGCGCCCGUCGACGCCCCGGCGGCCGCAGACGUCAUGCGCUGCUCACCCCGAGCCCCCGCACCCCGCUCUGCCCUUGUGCUUCUCCUGCUGUCCCGCCACGCCGCACACACACCACGUCUUUACGAUACUCCUUCUGCUGCUUCGGCCUGCAUAUAUCCUAAUUCGAGUCCCUACCGCCCGCACAGUGCUUUACCUAUUUAUUCUCCUGCACGCACCUGCACCUGCUCCCGUCUGGCACCCACCACACCCGCACACACAUGUCCCUUCGCAUCAACUGCAUACGACGGCCCCCACCGCCGCCCCGGCUCGCCCCCUUCAUUCUUGCAUAUCCCCCGCAUCCGCUUGCAUACUUCCCCGUGCUCUUCUCCACACUUGCAUUGGUCUUAUCUCGUGUCGAUUACUACCCGG